AAAGACAUGGACAAAAUGCUGUGCAUGAUCGUCUUCGGUGCUUUACUCGUCGCAAGUUUGGUGCAAGAUGCAGCAGCACAAACGGUGCAUGUGGUCGGGGACAAUCUGGGUUGGAUCAUACCUAGCAAUGGUGCAGCAGCUUACACAAAUUGGGCUGCUGGGAAAACCUUCAGGGUUGGUGACACUCUAGUUUUCAAUUUUAUGACCGACCGACAUGACGUGUUGCAAGUAAAAAAAUCUUCGUUCGAUGGGUGCAAUUCUCAGAAUGCCAUAGGCAAUCCCAUAAUGACAGGACCAGCAAAUGUGACUCUUGACUCUGCUGGAGACCACUACUAUAUUUGCACUUUUGGUAGGCAUUGCCAAAAUGGUCAGAAAUUAGCUAUUACUGUUUCCAGCUCGGGUACUCCAGGAGCCAACCCACCUACACCGUUUGCUGCAGGACCUUCAGGAGCCAACUCGCCUAACCCGAGCAAUCCAACCACUACUGUACCUUCACCAUCCUCUUCCACUCAACCAGAAGCUUGUGCACCUACACCGUCUGCUGCUGGACCUUCAAGUUCCACUCCUGGUGUUAGUACACCUCCUUCUACUUCCUCCUCAACGACCAUAUUGGCCAAUUUUCUGCUCAGUCUGUCCUCGAUUGCCCUGGCUGCUUUUCUUUAA